AUGCAAGUGGGAGCACCGUCUGAGAACUUUAAGAUGCUUACCACGUUUCGCCAGCUAAAGCAAUCGCGGGCCAUGAACCACCACCGAAGCCCUCCGGACGGCGGCGGCACAAGGAAGCCGGAUAUGUUCCCGUCGCCUCACCGGCAGGUGCCCUCCCCGCUGGGCCUGAUGCGAUACUGGUCGGCGCCGGGGACCUUCCUCUCCGGCGUCGCCGAUUCGGUCAUCGGGGGAGAAGCGGCAGCGGGCUUCACGAGGAGGUUGUUCCCGGGCGAGUCCCCGUCGCCGGCGUCGGAGUCGAGCUGUAAGUCGGCCGCCUCCGCCGCGGCCCCUUCGUCGCGGGACCUCGAGCACUGCAGGGGCCGAAAGGCAGCGCCGUCCAUGGUCGCCGAUCCGUCGUCGAGCUGCCCCAAGGGCGGCGACGGUAAUCUCCUGCUGAGGCACAGCAGCUCCCCCGCCGACUUCUUCUCCCAUCUCAUGCUCGACAACGGUUUUUCGGCACCAAGGGAUAUCAGGAGCUUCUCCCGACCUGGAAUAGGAGGUGUCAAUGAAAUGGCAAGCAGAAGACUGAAAUCACAGCUGAGCUUCUCUGGAACAGGCCAACCAUCUCAAGUUUCUCAAAUCGGCAUUCCAGAGAUAGGAGACAGUGUAGGUUGCAGCAACAAUUCUGAUGUUAGAUCAGGAAGUGUCAGCCAAUCUUACAUCUCCAGCAACUUUUCAAUUGGUUCAUGGGAUGAUACCAAUUCAAUCAUUUUUUCUGCACCUUCAAGCAAACGGGCCAAGGAUAACAAUGGGGAUAUUAUAACCAUGAGCAAUAUUGAGUCUCAGUGUAGCUUACCAAGUACAACUCUUGAGAUGGAUACAUUGGAUAAGUAUCUACAGUUCCAGCAUGACCAGGUUCCAUUCAAAGUCCGAGCUAAGCGUGGAUGUGCGACACAUCCCAGGAGUAUUGCCGAAAGGGAAAGGAGAACAAGAAUUAGUGAGAAAUUGAAAAGCCUACAAGAUCUCGUGCCAAACAUGGACAAGCAAACAAGCACUGCAGACAUGUUGGACUUGGCUAUCAAGCACAUCAAAGAGUUGCAGAGCCAACUUCAGGUCCUAAAGCAAGAACAAGAGAACUGCAAGUGCAAGAAAGCAUGACAGGACUUGCGGUAGACUGUGCUUAUGUCUGUAGGAAUCUGUUUAGUGCUUACUGUUGGACUAGAGUAACUAUCCUUCUGCCAAAUUUGGCGAGUGUAGUCUGUAACUAUCCUUCUGCCAAUCCUUGUGUGAUAGAUUACAUCAAUUGUCUGCAUUUUUUGUGUUCUCAUUGGACUGGCAUGAGGUAUCUGGCAUACGGAGUUCUUCAUUUCCCUGAUAAUAAUGAGAUUCC